AUGGUACACAUAUCACUGCCUAGAGGCCUUAGCCAUCUGGGAGGAUCGAAACACAAAGACAAAGAUCAAAGUGCCAGUGGUUCUGCGCCCAAUGGGGGUGGCAGCAGACGGCCCAGUCCUCCAGGACUUCCGAGUAACAACAACAGCACUGUUGCCCUGGUCGAUCAAAAACCACUCAUCCUCAAAGUAUAUGUUAUAAAGGCCAGAAACCUAGCACCAAAAGACCGAUCUGGCACCUCCGAUCCCUAUCUUGUGGUUACCCUCGGCAGUGCGAAACAGUCAACACCCUCCAUUGCAAAAACUCUCAAUCCUGAAUGGAAGAUUUGCUUCGAUAUGCCUUUGACUGGCGUUCCCCUCCUUGAAUGCAUGUGCUGGGACAAAGACCGCUUUGGCAAAGACUACAUGGGCGAGUUUGACAUCCCGAUCGAAGAUAUCUUCCCAAAUGGGCAGAUACAGACCCAGCCAAAGUGGUACAGGCUGAACUCGCGGAGACCUUCAGGCAAGAAACAGAGUAACGUCUCGGGAGAAGUGUACAUGCAAUUCUCUCUUGUCGAUUCCGCGAAUCCAUCUGCAAGCCCGGACGAGAUACGGAAAAAGUUCCAAGCCUACUUGGGAGCAGAAGAGGAGGAUGACGAACUAUCCCGUGUCUCUUCCAAUCUCGAUGAUCUGGCAGGAGACGAAGAUUUUGACGAUCUUGACGAGGAUCAGGAGGAAUCUGUUACAGAGACCGAGUCUACACAGAAACCAGAAACUGCUGACAAGAAAGCGAAGAAGAGAAGACUCGCACGUCUCCGUCGCCGAUCGAUUGCGGCAAGAGCUUACAACUUCCUUUCGGAAGACAAUGAUGUCAAUGGCAUUAUUUUCUUGGAGAUUGUCAAGAUCAACGAUUUACCACCUGAAAGAAAUAUGACCCGGACCUCUUUCGACAUGGACCCCUUCGUUGUUACUGCAUUGGGUCGCAAGGUCUUACGAACAAAGGUGGUUCGGCACAAUCUGAACCCGGUAUAUAAUGAGAAGAUGGUGUUCCAGAUCAAACGCCAUGAGGUCGGCUACUCCUUUACAUUCAGUGUGAUCGAUCGAGACAGCUUGUCAGGCAACGACUUUGUGGCUUCGACCUCAUUCCCCCUCCAGAAAAUGAUCCAGGCUGCCCCUCAGGAGGACCCAGACACUGGUCUCUAUGAUCUUCCCGAGCCACCGGAGUAUUCGCCGGCAAUGCAGCAAAAGGGCAGAUUUCGUAUUCCCUUAUCACGUACCACGUCGGCCAAUAGUCUAACCAAAAUGGCGAGGCCCGGAUUGAAAAAGGACGACUCCCAAAUUUCACUGUCCAGCACAAAUAACAGCGGCAGUAGUGACGAUACCGCUCGGGUCCCGCCGCCUACCAGCGUGCCUCCUGAAAACAACGGAAAUAAUCUGAAAUUGCCUGGCGGCACUGAAACGCCGCCAGCCCAGCCCGCGGAAGACCCGACCAUGAUCCCAUAUGUCAUCCCAUUGGAGCUCAAAAACAAGGAACGAUGGGAAGACAAACACAGUCCUGAGCUUCACAUCCGAGGAAGAUAUCUGUCUUAUAAGGCGCUGCGGCAACAGUUCUGGAGGGCGAUGUUGAAACAGUAUGAUGCGGACGACAGUAAGCGGAUCAGUAAGAUCGAGUUUACCACGAUGCUUGACACGCUGGGAUCGACUCUUAAAGAAUCAACUAUUGACAGCUUCUUCAAACGGUUCGCCGCCGAGAAUGAAGAUGUUGGGGAAGCGGACUUGACCUUUGACCAGGCCGUCAUGUGUCUGGAGGAACAGCUACAGAAGAGCAGUGAAAAGAAGUCGCAGCUCGAGAGGAUUAAGACCGCCGAAAUAUUUUCGACAGCAAAGGACAUCAUUCCUGCCAAGAUUGACAAUAACGAUGAAGUACCCAGCAUCACACAAGAACCGACAGGGGCGGCGGGUGAAGAGGGGAAACUUCUGGGCAAUGACCUUGCGGACGAGGGUGAUGAAGAGCAUGUCAUCGAGAUCCGGGAGUGUCCAAUAUGCCACCAGCCGAAAUUGAACAAGCGCACCGAAGCCGACAUCAUCACGCACAUUGCCACUUGUGCCAGCUCGGAUUGGAGGCAGGUCAAUAACUUGGUGAUGGGCGGUUUUGUCACCCAAAGCCAAGCCCAACGAAAGUGGUAUUCCAAAGUCAUCACCAAGAUCAGCUACGGGGGUUACAAGUUAGGCGCUAACAGCGCAAAUAUUCUUGUCCAAGACCGGAUUACAGGGCAGAUCAACGAAGAACGAAUGUCUGUGUACGUCCGCAUUGGCAUCCGCUUGCUCUAUAAAGGAUUGGGCGCUGGCGAGAUGGAGAAGAAACGAAUUAAAAAGAUGCUCCGAUCGUUAUCAAUCAAACAGGGAAAGAAGUUUGACGAUCCGGCCUCGGUCGCCCAAAUUCCUGGAUUUAUUGCCUUCCACCAACUCGACAUGUCUGAAGUGCUACUGCCCACUUCUGAGUUCAAGAAUUUCAAUGAGUUCUUCUAUCGAGCAUUGAAACCCAACGCUCGGCCAUGCAGCGCGCCGGAUCGACCUGAAAUCAUCGUCUCCCCAGCAGACUGUCGCUCCGUUGUGUUCAACACGAUUGAUGACGCGACACGAAUCUGGGUCAAAGGCCGAGAUUACUCACUUGAGAAACUAUUUGGCGAGGCGUAUCCAUUAGAAGCGAAACGAUACAAAGGCGGAAGUAUGGGCAUCUUCAGACUUGCUCCUCAAGAUUAUCAUCGCUUCCAUAUCCCGGUUGACGGUGUUUUGGGAACUCCAAAAGCCAUCGAGGGCGAAUACUAUACGGUCAAUCCCAUGGCCAUCAGAUCGGCGUUGGACGUCUAUGGUGAGAACGUUAGAGUUUUAGUGCCUAUUGACUCUGUUGCGCAUGGCAGAGUCAUGUACGUCUGUAUUGGAGCAAUGAUGGUUGGGUCAACGGUCAUCACUCGAAAGCCGGGAGAACGAGUCAAACGAGCUGAAGAGCUUGGAUACUUCAAAUUUGGCGGCAGCACAAUUCUCCUUUUCUUUGAACCGGGAAAAAUGGUAUACGACAGAGAUCUCGUCGACAACAGCCUUGGAGCUUUGGAGACAUUGGUCCGUGCCGGUAUGUCCAUCGGACACUCACCGAAUGUUGAGCCAUACAAGCCGGAUAUGAAGAAGGAUGAGAGCAGCAUCACAAAUGAGGAAAGACAGGAAGCCAGACGACGAAUCGAGGGUAGCAUUGCUCCCGAUAUGGACAACUAUGGUAUCAUUCCCUCCGACACAAAGUCGCGAGAUGUUAUGAGCUCGCUACAUCCGGCCAAUAUCGCCUAA